AUACAAGUAAAAAGAAAGAAAAUCCAAGUCUAAACCAAAAAAAAAAAAGAUUUCAUUUUCUUAUUAACUUUGUCCUUUGCAUUAUGCAAGUAACCUCCCUCCCUUUCCCAUCACUUUCAAGCUAAUAUAUCCUAAACUCCAUAGCCAAUCUGAUCACUUGGUACAAAAAUCACCAUCAAAUAUAUAUAACAUACUAUAUAUGUAGAGGAUAAAUAAAAGUAGAAUGCCAGAUGAACAAACGGUUAAACAACGGGGGAAGGCCAAAGGGGGGCAGAGGGCAGCAUGGAAAUAGCUGGAUUUGCAAUGUAAAACAUUGGAAGCCCACCCCCAACUGACUCCAAUUUAAAGGUAUCGGUGAUAUUCAGCCGAAUCAUUCUGAAUCCCAGUACCUAAUAUCUUCUUCUUCUCUUUUUCUUUCUUGGCGCUCGUUUUUUCUCUUCCAAAACCCGCCUCAACUGUGCUGUCUUCUUCCCCAUUUCCAGAUAUAAUUUACUCUCUGUUUCGGUUCACAAUUUCCAAGUUCUUCCUCCAAUUUUUGAAGCUUUUUGGGUACUGGGAUUCUUUCUUUCUUUCUUAAUCUUGGUGGGUCUUUUUGUGUUGCUGUUGUUGUUGUUGUUGUUACUGUUGAAUGUUGAUUGCAGUUUUGGUGUUUUGACGAACGGGUGCGCUUCAUUUCUUGCGAAAUUCGAAGAACUUGUUCGGGCAUUUUUCAGUAGUCUGGAUUGGAGUUUGGAGAAAAAAUGGAGGUGUCGUCUUCUGCUAAAACAACAACCCAAGUGGUGCAAGAGAUUACGAAUCUCCACAAAUCUUUGCCGGCCAGACCUGAAGUUGAAGAAGUUGAAGCGGCCAAGGUUCUGAUCAGCAAUGUGGAUAAAGAAGAACAAGCGAGACUCGAGGCCAUUGAAAGACAGACCAAGAACCCGGAUGUCCCAGAAGAGCUUUUCAGGAUCUUGCUCGAUAUGCAGAGGAAUUUGAUCUCUUUCCAUAGCAAAGAGCAGAAGAGGGAAGCGUUGAAAUUGCUGGACCUUGAAGGUGUCCACAACCUGUUCGAUGAAUUGAUUCAGAGAGCUUCCAAGUGCGCUUCUUCUCCUUCAACCGCUCAACAAAGUCCCAUUGCCCUUUCCCUCUCAUCCUCUUCGUUUUCUAGCGCUAGUUUGAAUAGAAACUCGCCGUCUCCUUCCGUAUCUGGGAGUGUCAGUACCUCCUCCGCAGCCACUUCAAGCUUUUACCAUUCUGACAAAGGACCUACAAAAACCACCUCUCAAUUAUUCACCCGAGAUGACAGUUUUGUCCCAAAAGGCAAGUCAGCGCCGUAUAUGGAUGGCUUUGGAGCUAGGCCAGGCGCUUCUUCCUCGCCCUUUAUAAAAGAUCCAACCUUAAAACUUCCAACUCCUCCAGGUAAAGAUGGUGAAAAGUUAAGCUUGAUGGCGCUGGCUAGUCUUAUUGAAGUCUCAGCAAAGAAGGGCAGCCGAGAACUUAAUCUCAGAAACAAGCUGUCGAACCAAUUAGAAUGGCUGCCUGAUACUAUAGGGAAGUUGUCCAGUUUGAUUACUUUAGAUUUGUCUGAGAACCGUCUUGCGGCUCUGCCAGAUACCAUUGGAGCUCUUUCCCAAUUGAAGAGAUUGGAUUUACAUGCGAACAGGCUCUCUGAACUUCCAGGCCCUUUCACAGAUCUCACCAGUUUGGUGUGUUUGGACCUCAGGGGAAACCAGUUAGUAUCUCUGCCUGCUUCUCUUGGGAAGCUGAUUCAUCUCGAGGAGAUUGACCUCAGCUCUAAUAUGCUCACUUCGCUCCCUGAAUCCAUUGGUAAUCUGGUGAAGUUAAGGAAAUUGAAUGUGGAGACGAAUAAUAUUGAGGAGAUUCCUCAUACGAUUGGUCGGUGUACAUCCCUUCAGGAGCUGUCUGCCGAUUAUAACCGGCUUAAAGCGCUCCCUGAAGCUGUUGGAAGGAUUGAGACUCUGCAGAUUUUGUCUGUGCGUUACAACAACGUCAAACAAUUGCCAACAACCAUGUCCUCUCUCGUGAAUCUGAGGGAGCUUGAUGUAAGUUUCAAUGAGAUUGAAGCUGUACCGGAGAGCUUAUGUUUUGCCACCAGACUUGUCAAGAUGAACAUCGGAAACAACUUCGCGGAUCUGCAAGCACUACCGAGGUCUAUCGGGAACCUAGAAAUGCUUGAAGAGCUGGAUAUUAGCAACAACCAGAUACGGUUUCUUCCAGACUCCUUCAGAAUGCUGACUAAUCUUCGCAUCCUCCGAGCAGAAGAGAAUCCUUUCGAAGUACCCCCAAGACAGAUAUUCGAAAACGGUGCACAGGCUGUCGUUCAAUACAUGAUUGAUCUAUAUGAGAAUAGAAACGCCAACCCACAAGCACAACCAGUUAGGAGGCACAGAAAGAGCUGGACGCACAUGUGCUUCUUCUCGAGAUCAAGCAGAAGGGACCGCGAUCCAUCGAACGACAUGAGGGCUUGAUCAUUUGCACCAUUGUGGAGAAGAAUAAGCCAUCUCUCUUCCAAGACUGUGAUGAAUUACAGGCCAAGCUGGUGUUGAUGAUGUUAAUGAGUCAGCUGCAUCAAAUUGGGGGAAGGUUCUCAAAAUGUAGCUCACUCUGCAUCACACCAUGGAAGAUUCAUUUUCCUUCUCUCUCUCUCUCUCUAUCUCUAUUUCUCUAUUUCUCUCUUCUCUGUGUAAGUUCGGUAUUCUUUGUGAAUUUUGUAUGAUAGGGGAUUUCAUUUGAUGAUGGAGAAUAUAAUUGAGGUUGUAAAUGGUUGGGGAAGAUACUGAAAUGCUUUCCACUUUGGGUUUUAGUGAGCGAAAUAGAGCACAGAAUGAAUGAACCUAUCCCUCCCAUUUGGGAACAUUCAUUUACUCAAAAACUAAUAAUAAAUGAUGGAAUGGCCUUCACUUUCUCUA